GUCACUCUUGUCUCUCCCUCGCCAUGUUCUCCAUGUAAACUAAAAGAAAUUUCUGCUAUACUUACUUAAAAGAUUGUAGAGUGAAUACAAGUUUCAAAGGUAAACUCAAAAGAUGGCCAGUGUGACUUAUCAUAUCUCCAACCUACUGGAGAAAAUGACAUCUACUGAUAAAGAUUUUAGAUUCAUGGCCACCAAUGACUUGAUGAUGGAGCUCCAGAAAGACUCCAUCAAGCUAGAUGAAGACAGUGAGAAGAAGGUGGUUGCGAUGCUCCUGAGGCUGCUGGAAGAUAAGAAUGGAGAGGUUCAGAACCUUGCAGUCAAAUGCUUGGGCCCACUGGUGAGUAAGGUGAAAGAAUACCAGGUGGAGACCAUUGUGGACACGCUGUGUUCCAACAUGCUUUCAGAUAAAGAGCAACUACGAGACACUUCAAGUAUGGGCCUGAAAACAGUCAUUGCUGAGCUUCCUCCAUCCUCCAGUGGGUCUGCUCUGACAGCAAAUGUGUGUAAGAAAAUAACAACACAGCUGACAUCAACCAUCGGGAAAACAGAGGAUGUGUCCAUACAGCUGGAGGCACUGGAUAUCCUCUCAGACAUGCUGAGCAGGCUGAGUGGGACCCUCAUGAUCUUCCACCCUUCCAUUCUGAGCAGCCUGCUGCCCCAGCUCACCAGCCCCCGCCUGGCAGUGAGGAAGCGGGGCAUCAUUGCUCUCAGCCACCUGGUCCCCAGCUGCAGCAGUCCUGUCUUCACCCAGCUCAUGGAUCACCUGCUGGCCGAGCUCACCCGAAACGCCUCCACCUCCACCACACGUACCUACAUCCAGUGUGUGGCUGCCAUCAGCAGGCAGGCCGGCCACAGAGUGGGGGAACACCUCGAGAAACUAAUCCCAGCCGUGGUGAAGUACUGUAAUGUGGAGGAUGAUGAACUGAGAGAGUAUUGCUUCCAGGCCUUUGAGGCAUUUGUCCGAAGGUGCCCAAAGGAAGUGUCUCCCCAUAUCCCAACCAUCAUCAAACUGUGUCUCAAGUACAUCACCUAUGACCCCAACUACAACUAUGACAACGAUGAGGAAGAGGACGAGUCAAUGGAUACUGAAAAUGGGGAAGAUGAAGAUCAAGGGACAGACGAAGAGUACAGCGACGACGACGACAUGAGCUGGAAAGUGCGGCGCUCCUCGGUGAAGUGUCUGGAGGCGGUGGUGAGCACGCGUCACGACAUGCUGCAGGAGCUUUACCGGACUGUGUCCCCAGCCCUGGUGGCCCGCUUCAAGGAGCGCGAGGAGAACGUCAAGAGCGAUAUCUUCCAGGCCUACAUCUCCCUUCUGAAGCAGGCCCGGCCCCUGCAGGGCUGGCUGCAGGGAUCUGACCCCGGAGGCAAGGAGGAUCCCUCUCUGGCUAUACUGAAGAAACAGGUUCCAAACAUUGUGAAGGCCUUACACAAACAACUGAAAGAAAAAAGUAUCAAGUCCAGACAAGGCUGCUUCAAUCUGCUUACAGAACUGGCAAAUGCAUUACCCGGAGCUUUGGGUGACCAUAUUCCAUCUCUGAUCCCUGGGAUUAUGUAUUCACUGACUGACAAGUCCAGUUCCUCCAACAUGAAAAUUGAUGCUCUGUCCUUCCUCAAUGUUCUCCUUGGUACUCAUCCUCCUGAGGUUUUUCAUUCUCAUAUCAAGCUCAUCCUCCCUCCAGUGGUUGCCUGCAUCGGCGAUCCCUUUUACAAGAUCACAUCCGAGGCUCUUCUGGUGACUCAGCAGCUUGUGAAAGUCAUCCGGCCUUUGGAAAAACCCUCCACUUUUGACGCCAAGCCCUAUGUGAAAGACUUGUUUUCCAGCACUUUAAAGAGACUGAAAGCGACAGAUAUUGACCAAGAGGUCAAGGAAAGAGCCAUCUCUUGCAUGGGACAGCUGGUGUGCAACCUUGGAGACCAACUAGAAGAUGACCUCCAGCCCACUCUUCAGAUCUUUCUUGAACGACUCAAAAAUGAGAUAACUAGAUUGACUGUGGUGAAGAUGCUUACCAUAAUUGCAGCUUCCCCUUUGAAAAUUAAUCUGAGACCCAUUUUAGUUGAAGCGAUUCCCAUCUUGGCUUCUUUUUUGAGAAAGAAUCAACGUGCCUUGAAACUAAGCACUUUGAUGGCUUUGGACCUAAUCAUUAAAAACUACAAUGACAGUCUCAAGCCUGCCAUGAUACAGUCCAUCUUGAAUGAGCUUCCACCUUUGAUUGGAGAGAGUGAUAUGCACAUUUCGCAAGUGGCCAUUACGCUUCUUACCUCCUUGGCAAAGGUCUGUCCUUCCUCUCUCUUCAAAAUUGGUGGCUCUGUUUUGUCCGAAGUUUUCUAUUUGGUACAUUCUCCUUUACUGCAAGGUGGGGCCCUCAAUGCCAUUCUUGAUUUCUUUCAAGUGUUAGUUGUGACCAAAACAAGCAACAUGGGUUUCAAUGAACUUAUGAAGGAGCUAACAGGCCCUUUCUAUGGUCCUCAACAAAGUGAUGUGCACGCUGUCAUGCACAGGCAAUCCUACUACUCUGUUGCUAAAUGUGUGGCAGCCCUCUGCUCAACAUGCCCCAAGGAGGCCACGGGCAUGGUUGGUAACUUCAUCCAAGAUGUUAAGAGCACAAAGACAUCUGAUUCGGUGAAAAUCCUGGCUUUUCUUUGUCUGGCAGAGGUGGGACGCACUAUGAACCUCGGAGGGCAAAAAGAGCUAAAAACUGUCAUCCUGGAGGCCUUUUCUUCCUCAAAUGAGGAAGUCAAAUCAUCUGCCUCCUAUGCUUUAGGCAACGUUUGCGUGGGGAACCUGAACGAAUACCUUCCCUUCAUGCUGAAAGAAAUCGGAAGCCAACCAAAGAGGCAGUACCUCCUGCUGCAUUCUUUGAAAGACGUCAUCAGUUCAUCCUCGGCCAACAGCUUGAAGCCCUAUGUGGAGGAAAUCUGGGCCCUUCUUUUUAAGCACUGUGAGUGCGCUGAGGAAGGAACACGCAAUGUAGUUGCGGAGUGCCUUGGAAAACUGACCCUCGUCAACCCCUCCCAGUUACUUCCCCGGCUGAAAAGACAGCUGUCCUCAGGUUCACCACAUGCUCGGAGCACUGUAGUCACUGCAAUAAAGUUUACCAUUGUGGAUAACCCACUUCCCAUAGAUUCGCUUUUGAUGGACUGCAUCGGUGAUUUUCUGAAGACCCUGCAAGACCCUGAUCUGAAUGUCCGACGUGUGGCCUUAGUGAUGUUCAACUCUGCAGCUCACAACAAACCCUCCUUAAUUCGUAACCUCUUGGGUGCUGUGCUUCCCCACCUGUACCACGAAACCCAGACCAGGAAAGACCUCAUUCGGGAGGUGGAGAUGGGUCCAUUCAAACACACUGUGGACGAUGGGCUUGAUGUGAGGAAAGCAGCCUUUGAGUGCAUGUACACAUUGUUGGACAGCUGCUUGGACUGCCUGGACAUCUUUGAAUUCCUCAACCAUGUGGAAGAUGGCCUGAAGGAUCAUUAUGAUAUCAGGAUGCUGACCUUCAUCAUGCUAACCAGGCUCUGCACCCUGUGUCCCAGUGCUGUCAUGCAAAGACUGGACAGACUGGUGGAGCCUUUGAGAGCCACCUGCACUGCUAAGGUGAAGUCCGGCUCUGUGAAGCAGGAGUUUGAGAAACAGGAUGAGCUGAAGCGGUCAGCGAUGCGGGCUGUGGCGGCCCUCCUCACCAUUCAUGAAGUGGAGAAGAGUCCCGUCAUGGCAGAGUUCACUGCCCAGAUCAGAGCCAGCUCCGAGAUGGCCUCCAUAUUCGAGAGCAUCCAGAGAGACACCACCGCCUCCAGUGUUACAGAAACAAUGGAUACCAGCUAGAGAUCAUUGUACCAAACCCAGGCUGUUCUCAAGUAUAAAAAUAAAAAGGAAUUGCAAAAAGUUUUUAAGUCCAGAGAGGAAAAAAUGUUUUCAGGAAGUUUAACUCUCUUUUAAAAUAGAAUACUUUACCUAGUUAUUCAGCAAACAUAUUUCCUUACCAAACUAAACAAAAAGAUUGACUAAAACAAGAAGAGCCACACACCCCUGAAACGGAGACCCUUUUAACUUCCAAACUUCUAAGAUAAAAGAUUAGGUUAGAAAAACUAGAUUGAGGAAAAUGGCUUUAAUUUUAUAUCUAUAUUUAAAUGUUUGUGAAGCACAAUAUUAAUAUGCCACUAAUGUCUCUCUCAAUAAUCAUGUAGAUUAAAAGUACAGUAUAAGCCCACAUUGCAAAAGCAUUACAGACCUAUUGAGCAUGGUUUUAUUAAUGGACUUUAUAUUCAGCUAAUGAAUAAAAUACUUGAUAUAACAGACAGCAAGUUAUGAAUGCAUUGAAAAAUAAUUCAAAUAAACAUUCUAUUAAAAACAUGUUGACAGCCUUUUGUUUUAUGUAUUCUGAAAAUACAUUGCCCAUGUAUUUUUCUUAUGAGCAGCAGGCAGGGAUGGUAAUCAAAAAGAAUAUGUAGCAUAUUAUCAUGUAAAAAAGUUUCUAUUUUAUUAAAAGAUUCCAAUACCCA